UCGGAUAAAGUUAAGCAGUUCAGUUUAGCUCACUGUCUAGAUAGAAAUUGGCUUUGUUGGUGCCUUUUGAGUUAUUCCCACAGAAAAAUGGUAUCCCUCUUGUCGAACUCAGCAAUGGUAAGGGGAAGAGAUGAAGUGUAUGUAGCAGCUAUGCCUCUAAGGGCCACAAAGGGACCACCCCAGUUGCUUAUGUCAGCUGCUUAUUCCCUCAAUUUCUGGGAUUUGCAGCAUUUCAUGGUCAUCAUCAAACCCUGCUCACCUUCUCUUCAUUCUCAGGUUCUGGUUUUUGAUUUUCAACCAAAAGAUCCUGAAGAUAUAUAUGUGGCACUAGGAGUUCUAUCUGGUAGAGCAGUGCCUGGAGCUAUUCUUGUGAGGAAGUUAAAAAAGUUGCCAAGAAGCAAAUGCUGGCUUGUUGGAUAUUCCAAAGCAGAUGCUGUGGAAAUAGCAAGUGAGUUCAAUGAAAAAUGGGAAACAAGUUUGAGGAUUGGUCUUAAUGAUUGUCGCGAUUAUACCAACGGUUUGGUCAGGCAACUCACUGGGGAAAAAGAUGUGCUGAAACGUUUGAGAAACAUUGGUAGAUAACUUGAUAAAUGAUCAUGCUAUUGAAUUACUUUGCCUUGUAUCUUGCUUUCAACAUUAUUGAGCAAUUGCAUCGCUUCACUUGUAUGGAAACUGACUGCACAUCGCCUAAUUCAUGAGGGCCCGAAGAAUCAUUCUCAUUCUGGGAAAAAACUUAUGCUAUUUAUUUUUCGCUUCUUUAAUGUUCUUCUCCUUGCUUGUAUAGCCUCUGAAAGCCUGUUCUGUUCUUGUAUUAUAUAUAUUAUGCAGUUAUAAAUGGUAAUAUAUAAGCAUUAAGAGAAGUUUGGGAUCUUUCUGUGUAAUCUAUUAA